GGCAACUUAUCAAAUCCAGUGAUAAGUUGAAUUACUUAUCAAGUGAUAGUUGUUGUGUAUCGCAGAUACCCUGCAAAAAAUGCAUCGAAAAAAGUUAAAAGAACUCAACUUCUCUCUCUUCGUUAUCUUUUUCGCUUUUUCAAUUUCUUUUUCUUAUUGGUUUGGCAGCUUUUUUUCUUUUACUGUUUUCGUUGAACGCUAAGCAUGAAAUUGGAACCGCUAACCCUAGAAAUCUGUCAAAAGUACGACCGAUUCCUCACCUUAAACACCACCACCAGCCGCUAACUUACAAGAGACGCCGUCGUUUCAACCACCUUUCUUCAUCUUCUUCAAUUUACCUUUCACUCAUCCUCAGACUUCAUUUCUCUCGCUUUUGCUCUGUUUAUAUUUCUUUUGGUCAAAAUCAAAAAGCUUAGCCCCUAAUUUAAAUUCUCAAUUUCUCGAUUGAUUAAGUUUUUUUUUUUGUUCAAAGUAAUUGGGAAGAAAUGUCUUCUCUCAGCAGAGAAUUAGUGUUUUUGAUUCUCCAGUUCCUUGAAGAAGAAAAAUUUAAAGAGACCGUUCACAGAUUAGAGCAAGAGUCAGGGUUCUUCUUCAACAUGAAAUACUUCGAAGAGAAAAUUCUCGCCGGAGAAUGGGACGAAGUUGAGAAAUACCUAUCUGGGUUCACUAAAGUCGACGAUAACCGGUAUUCAAUGAAGAUUUUUUUUGAGAUCAGAAAGCAGAAGUAUCUAGAAGCUUUGGACCGUAAUGAUAGAGCUAAAGCUGUUGAGAUUUUAGUGAAGGAUUUGAAGGUUUUUUCCACAUUUAAUGAAGAACUUUUUAAGGAAAUUACCCACCUUUUAACACUGGGGAACUUUAGGGAAAAUGAGCAGUUAUCAAAGUAUGGUGAUACUAAAUCGGCUCGGAGCAUAAUGCUGAUUGAGCUUAAGAAACUAAUAGAAGCAAAUCCCUUGUUUCGUGAAAAGCUUGUUUUCCCUGCUUUGAAGGCAUCACGGUUGCGAACUCUAAUUAAUCAAAGUUUGAACUGGCAACACCAGCUGUGCAAGAACCCUAAGCCUAAUCCAGAUAUAAAAACCUUGUUCACUGAUCACAGUUGUUCACCCCCAAAUGGAGCUCGUGCACCUACUCCAGUAACUUUUCCAGUUGCUGCAGUUGCUAAGCCUUCAACAUAUGCUCCAGUAGGAGCACAUUCUUUUCCACCUAAUCCUACUGCUUUAGCUGGCUGGAUGGGAAAUGUCAAUCCUUCCUCAUCAGUCCAAUCUGCCCUCGCUGUUGCUUCUGCUUCUGCUUCAUCCUUGCCUUUUCCUCAAAAUCAAGUUUCAGUUCUGAAACAUCCGAGAACACCAUCAAAUACACCUGGAAUGGUUGAGUAUGGGAGCACUGAUCAUGAGCACUUAAUGAAACGGUUGCGGUCUGCGCAAUCUAUUGACGAGGUCACAUAUCCUGCUCCUCCUCAACAUGCUUCAUGGUCACUUGAUGACCUACCCAAGUCUGUUGCUUGUACCAUUCACCAGGGAUCCAAUGUGACAAGCAUGGAUUUCCAUCCUUUUCAUCAUACGCUACUUACUGUUGGUUGUAGCAAUGGUGAAAUUUCCUUAUGGGAAGUUAGCAAGCGAGAGAGGUUGCUGACAAAACCAUUCAAGAUACGGGAUAUGGCUUCUUGUUCAGUUUUACUUCAGGCUAGUAUUGUUAAAGAUUCAUCCAUAUCUGUAAACCGUGUAGCUUGGACCCCAGAUGGAAAUUUGAUUGGAAUUGCAUUUACAAAACAUCUUGUUCAUUUGCAUGCAUAUCAAGGGUCCAAUGAACUUCGUCCACACCUAGAGAUUGAUGCCCAUGUGGGUGGUGUAAACGAUAUAGCUUUCUCUCAUCCAAACAAAAAACUCUGUGUUGUUACUUGUGGAGAUGAUAAGCUGAUAAAGGUGUGGGAUUUGGCUGGAAACAAGCUUUUUAGUUUUGAAGGCCACGAGUCACCUGUUUAUUCUGUUUGUCCUCACCAGAAGGAAAAUAUUCAGUUUAUAUUUUCAACUGCUAUUGAUGGAAAAAUUAAGGCUUGGCUGUAUGACAAUAUGGGUUCAAGAGUUGACUAUGAUGCUCCUGGACAAUGGUGUACCAGAAUGCUCUAUAGUGCUGAUGGUAGUAGAUUAUUCUCUUGCGGGACAAGUAAGGAUGGGGAUUCAUUUUUGGUUGAAUGGAAUGAAAGUGAAGGAAAAAUAAGGAGGGCAUUUUCUGGUUUUAAAAAGAACUCUCCUGGUGUAGUACAGUUUGACACAACUAAGAAUCGCUUUUUGGCUGUUGGUGAUGAUAACCAAAUUAAAUUUUGGGAUAUGGACAAUACAAAUAUUCUCACCAGCACAGAAGCUGAGGGGGGGCUUCCGAGUCGUCCACGACUGAGAUUCAACAAGGAAGGAAAUUUGCUUGUUGUUACCACAGCAGACAAUGGAUUCAAGGUUCUUGCAAAUGCCAAUGGUCUUAGAGCAUUAAGGGCAAUGGAGGCUCAAUCUUAUGAAGCAUCUAGAACACCACUUGAGAUGAAGGUAUCUAGUUCUUCUAUGCUUACAAGCAUUGGUCCUGUUGUUAGCAAGGUCGAACGUGUAGACAGCCCUGCCAAGCCUACUUCAACUCUUAAUGGAGUUGAACCAAUGAUUAGAGGCAUUGAAAAGCCAAGAAAUUUGGAGGAUGUGUCUGAUAAAACCAAACCUUGGGAGCUAACCGAGAUUGUUGAUCCUACUCAAUGUCGAACAGUCACCUUGCCAGAUAACUCUGAGAUUGCUAGCAAGGUUGCUAGACUUCUUUACACAAAUUCUGGUGUUGGGGUUCUUGCUUUAUAUACAAAUGGGGUUCAAAAACUAUGGAAAUGGAGUCGCAGUGAACAAAACUCUAGUGGCAAGGCUACUGCUAGCAUUAUUCCACAACUCUGGCAACCAAACAGUGGUCUUCAUAUGACUAAUGAUGUUCCUGAGAAUUCUGAAGAUGCAGUUCCAUGCAUAGCGCUGUCCAAGAAUGACUCCUAUGUAAUGUCUGCAUGUGGUGGAAAGGUUUCCUUGUUUAAUAUGAUGACGUUCAAGGUGAUGACAACUUUUAUGCCACCUCCUCCAGCUUCGACCUUCUUGGCAUUUCAUCCUCAAGAUAAUAACAUUAUAGCAAUUGGAAUGGAAGACUCAGCCAUCCAUAUUUACAAUGUCAGGGUGGAUGAGGUCAAAACAAAAUUGAAAGGUCACCAAAAACGAAUCACUGGUCUAGCGUUUUCCACCAGUCUUAACCUUCUCGCUUCUUCUGGUGCUGAUGCUCAGCUUUUUUUUUGGAACAUGGAGAACUGGGAAAAGAUGAAAUCAGUUGCCCUUCAACUGCCACCUGGAAGGACCCCUCAGGGUGCCACUCGUGUGCAAUUUCACUCUGAUCAAGUUCGCUUGUUAGUAUGCCAUGAAACUCAACUUGCAGUAUAUGAUGCUAACAAGAUGGAAUGCAUUCAACAGUGGAUGCCCCAAGAAGUACUUUCUUCACCUAUAUGUAGCGCAGCAUAUUCUUGCAAUAGCCAACUAGUUUAUGCUACUUUUCCUGAUGGCAACAUUGGAGUGUUUGAUGCUGAUAGCUUGAAGCUCAGAUGUCGUAUUGCACCAUCUGCUUAUAUCUCUCCGGGAAUGUCAAAUAGCCAAAUUGUACACCCGCUUGUUGUCACAGCACACCCACAGGAAGCCAAUCAGUUAGCCCUUGGAUUGACCGAUGGUUUGGUUAAAGUUAUAGAACCCUUGGAGACGGAGAGGAAGUGGGGACUGCCUGUGCCUGUCAAUAAUGGAACAGAAAAUGGCAAGACGGCAGCACCAUCCACCACUAAUACUUCCGAGCAGCUGCAGAGAUGAACAUUAACGUCCCUUCUGCUCUGUAAUUUGUAAGUCAUCCACCUAUAAUUGGUAGGGUUUUUUCCCCCCUCCAUUUGUAUGUGUAAAUAUACAUGUUCGAAGAUAGGGGAAAAAUGUUAGAUCACAAGAACAAAGAUAUAUUCAUGUAUGUAUAUUGAAUGCUAAUCUCUUUGAUGAAUGUGACUUUUAAUUGUUACUUCAUUUUUUUUUCUUUUUGCAUAAUUAAUUGUUACUUCAUGUCAUUUCUCAGAUAAAA